AUGAAAUUCAAUACUACCGCUAGAUUUGCGUCCAGCGUGUUCCUUCUCGCGUUGGUUCCUGCAGCUCGAGCUUUGCCACAAUGGCUUCAACCACAACUUCGUAAUGCCAAUGCAGAUGCAUUUGCUCCUCGAGAUUAUACAAUCUAUGAGAGAGCGGACGGUAUUCAAGAUCGCUAUACACCAUAUGGAUAUGGACCUCAGCCUACCUACACAACAAAACCUGUCACAAGCGCUGACCCUGAAGAGAGUUCAUCGUCAAGUACUCAAAUUGGGUCUGCUUCUGCCUCUGCCUCUGGCUCUUCUGUCAGUGGUGUCAGUGGUGUCAGUGGUGUCAGUGGUGUCAGUGGUGUCAGUGGUAUACUUUACACCGGCACUUUUCCCGUUAGUUUCUCCACUGGUCCAGCAUCUGUUGAACCUUCGACUGUUACUUCUUCCACUGCUGCAUACUCUACAAUCACGGUUUCGGUUUCUGCUACAGAAGCUUCUCCUUCCGCUUCUCCUUCGGCUUCUUCCUCGGCUUCUGCCUCGAGCUAUGAUCCAGGAACUUCUGCAGGAGCAGAGACUACAUCUUCGGAAUCGGAUGGUAUUUCAGCAACAACACCAGGAGCAACAGACGCAACUUCCUCGGAGUAUAAUGGCAGUUCACCAACAACACCUGCAAGCACAUAUGACCCAUCUGUUACCACUUCACCGGAAUACUCUUCUUCAAGCCCGAGUACCACCACUUCCGCUCACUGCAAUCACAACAAUUGCCUUCGGGAAUUCAUUCGAUCUUCUUCCAUUGUUGGUCCAUUUUGUGCUACAUAUACUUUGACUGAGAAUACUGCCACGACAGAUCUCCCUACAUAUGUUUCACAAUGUCAUGAUUCGCCUUCGAGGAUCUCAUCUGCAUGUUCUUGUUUAAACACUGGUGCCACCACUACUCCAGGAAAUGUUGGUAGUAGCACGCCUUCAGCACCAAGUGGAACAGAAAGCACCUCUCCAGCAGGUGGAGCGCCAACUUCUUCAGUGGUUCCCAGUUCUUCAUAUUCGUCACCUACCGGCUCCGAAUCUUCUGCUAGCCAAAGCUCCUCUGUUACUAGUUCUCAAAGUUUGGGCUCUACUGUAACAGAUACUCAGACCUACACGAUCACUCCUACCAUCACAGUACCAUCUGUAAGCCAGACUACAACACCGUCAGGAGAAGAAACAACAACUCCACAAGGGGGCGAGACGACAGCUCCUUCCUCUGGGGGCGAGACAACGACAACUCCGCAAGGAAGUGAUACGACAACAACUUCGCAAAGAGGUGAGACCACAACCACUCCAGCAGUUAGUGAGUCAACAGCUACUCCAACAGGGGGAGAAACGAUAACAACUCCGCAAGGAGGUGAGACGACCCCUUACCAAUCAGGGAGUGAGACCACAACCGCACCUUAUAGCGGUACCACCAUCACAAGUGGAGAAAUUACCUCAAGUGAAAGCUCAAGCAAUCCUAGCUAUUCUUCAGGAGCAUCAAGUACUGCGUCUCUCAGUCCUACCGUUCCACCUUUUACACUUGGAAAUUCAUCCAUCCCUGUUGGCCCAACUGGUACAUCUCCUUCAUCUUAUAUUUCUGCUAGUUCAUCAUCUGCAGGUCAAUACACAAAUACUUCGGCCUCGGCAACCGGUCCUGUCACUUCUGGAUUCUCGUCUACUAUAUCUGGUGGCAUCUCAUUAUCGACACCAGGAAGCUCGAGUGGUGGUAGUGCACCCUAUACAAUUUCGACAUCGGGAGCGGCUCCGACAACUUCGGUCUCUCCUUUAGGGACUGCACCACUAACUUAUCCAUAUCAAACAGGCACAGGAAUUUCACCAAGUGGGAGUAGCUCGGGCGGCGUUUCCAGUUCUACUUCUGCACCUUUAUACACAAAUUCGACCACUUUAGCUAGUUCAACCUACCUUGGUACUGCACCUUUGUCUUCCGGCUCAUCGGGAAGUAGUAUUUUGUCGACAGGAACUCCAUCAUAUACUUCCAUAUACCCGCUGAACUCGACAACCGUUUCAAGUGGUGUAAUCGGCUCCACAGGGUCAAGUGUACCUGGUGGCAUUAGUUCUAGCUCAUCUGCCAGCGCCCCUUAUCCAACAGGUAAUAAUGCUUCAACGACUACUGGUCCAACUGGCACAGGUUCCACACCAACAUCCUCCUUCCUAGGAACUGGUACAUCGGGAUCUUCUGUCUCGGGUAUUAUAAGCUCUUCUCCAGGAUCCAUCCCAUACUAUCCUUAUGGGAAUAGUACUCCAUGUACAAAUGGUCCAACAGCUUCAGGAACAGGAAGCCAAAGUUCAGUGUCGGGUGGGCUUCAAUCAAGUUCCGCUCUUCCAAGCUCCGGUAGCCCUCAAUCUUCUAGUGUAUCGGGCGGAAUUAAUUCAUCUGUUGGUUCUUCUGCACCCUAUCCAAUUUAUAAUGCUACUGCAACAGCAGGCCCUACAGACCCUGGCACAUCGAUAUCUGAAGGUCUUACUUCUGUGACUUCUGCACCACUUAACACUGGCAGCUCAUCAUCAUCGAGUGUCUCAGGUGGCAUUAGUUCUUCGCCAGCAUCUUCGCAACCUUAUCCCUACGGAAAUUAUACUCUCCCAUCGCUUGGAACAGGUACAGGAGGUGCAGCUACAUCAACAACUUUCAACUCCGGAAGUUUUCCAUCAAGCACUGGAACAGUGCCUUUAGGAACAGGAAGCUCGAACACUGAUUCCGGCUCAUCAACAUCAGUUCCAUACCCCACUCCUUCAAAUGGAACUUCAACUGCUGGGCCAACUGGGACUUCACCAAUUUCAAGCAGUGUUUCCGGCCCAUCUUCGUCAGCUCCAUACCCAACUUCUGGAAAUAGCACUUUGACUAGUGGAUCAACCGGACCAACAGGGACCUCACCACUCUCGAGCACUGGCACAUUGCCUUUAGGAACAGGAAGUUCAAGUACUGAUUCUGGUUCGCCAUCAUCAAUUCCAUAUCCAACUGCUUCAAAUGGAACCUUAAGCAGUGGACCAACUGGACCAUCAGGAACUUCACCAAUCUCAAGUUCAAAUCCAUCGUCGGUUGCGGUUAAUCCAACAACUAUUGGUAACAGUACUUCAGUGACUCCAACCUCAUCUGCUAGCACUUAUGACCCUAAUGGAUCUACUUCCAGCCAAAUCACUGGAGUAACCUCUUUGUCAUCAUAUUCAGCAACUGGUUCGUUCAACACAAGCAGUGGAGUUUCACCAACUUCAUCUUCGCCCUCAGGUGGCUUUGGUACAUCGAUCACAUCAGGAACACCAACUCCAUCCACGUUUGUAACAUCAGUAUCAACUGGAACAUAUGCUGGCACAAAUUCUACCAUCCUCUCAACCGCAUCAACUUCUGACUCUGGUUCUCCAACGAGUUCAUCAGACUCGUCAAGUGCUGCGCCUUCUACAAGUACUUCUACACCAACCUAUUCUCCACCGCCAACUUAUGCUCCACCACCACCACCAUACUAUGCACCUCCUCCACCAAAUUACUAUGGUUGGGGAACAUGGGGCAGAAAGCAUCAAAACAGAGAUGCUGAAAAUGUUCAUCGUUGA